UUUGACCCCCCGAUUUUCUACGAGCACACACAAUACGGACUAGUGUUUUGAAUAGCAUACCAUAUGCAGCUGCUCUUUAAAGUAUCUUUCUCCAAACUAUUAGCCUGAUCAAUGAUUGGCCGAAGAAAUGCACCUCUCCUUUGUUUCCCUGUCUUAUGAGUUAGCCAUAACCUUGAGUUUGUCUGAGCUUGUACAAUUGGCCAUAAAUCACGCGUGAAUUGCUUCCUAUAUAAUUGACCUACAGCUUAUAAAGGAACAGGUUUACACAAACAUACAUGAAAUGUCCACAACCUCUCCCAAUAACUCCAUUGUAUCGUUCAAAUAUUGUUGCUAGCUGAACUUUUAAACAUUUUUAUCAUGAAAAUGUUUCUAAUAUUUUCAACAAACUAACAAUGCUCAUGACACUAACUCGAGAUCUGUACUAAACCUUACGAGUGAAUGUGGUUAUCUUUAGUCUGGUUCAUGACCGAGAAUACAAGAGAGAUAAAGUAUCUUACAGAUAAACACAACGGGACAAUAAACAGUGACGGAAAAACAGGAUAAACACAAGAUCGUGACAACAAACAGUGACGGAAAACCAGGAUAAAACAAGAUCGGGACGUAAAACAGUGACAGGAAACCAGGAAAAACACAAGAUCAGGACGUAAAACAGUGAUAGGAAACCAAGAUAAACACAAGAUCGGGACGCCAAACAGUGACGGAAAAACAGGAUAAACACAAGAUCGGGACAACAAACAGUGACGGAAAACCAGGAUAUAAGCACAGGAUCGCGACACCAAACAGUGACGGAAAAACAGGAUCAACACAAGAUCGGGACGUCAAACAGUGACGGAAAAACAGGAUCAACACAAGAUCGGAACGUCAAAUUGAAGACUGAAAACCAGGAUAAACACAGGAUUGGGACGUCAAACAGUGACGGAAAAACAGGAUCAACACAAAAUUGUGACAUCAAACAGUAGACGAAAAACCAGGAUAACAUGUCUUCGUUGAAAGAAAUAUGUGAGGGUCUCCCAUUGGACCCUCUCCCUCCGAGAAGACCCAGAGACGAGUCCGUGCCCCACGCUCCCGUACGGACCCCCGAUCUGUCUCCCGCGGAACAGAGGUUAGCAUUGGAAAACUCUUUGCGAUAUUUCCCGUCGAAUCUACACGAGACGUUGGCCCCGGAGUUCGCCGAGGAACUACAAACUUAUGGGCAUAUAUACAUGUACCGAUUCCUGCCUCAGAUACAGAUGAGGGCGUUUCCUAUCGGAGAGAUACCGGCCAGAAAUAGACAUGCCGCAGCUAUAAUGCAUAUGAUUUUAAAUAACCUUGAUCCCCGAGUGGCUCAGUUCCCACAGGAGUUAGUGACGUAUGGUGGAAAUGGACAGGUGUUGUCCAAUUGGGCACAGUUUUGGUUGGUGAUGAAAUACUUGUCGGAGAUGACAGAUGACCAGACACUAGUGAUGAACUCGGGACAUCCACUGGGGCUGUUCCCGAGUAGUACGUCAGCCCCUCGGCUGGUCAUCACUAACGGCAUGGUUAUACCGAAUUACUCGUCAAGGGCGGACUACGAGAAGAUGUUCGCAUUGGGAGUUACAAUGUAUGGUCAGAUGACAGCCGGUAGCUAUUGUUAUAUUGGGCCACAGGGAAUUGUUCACGGUACCACGCUAACCAUACUUAAUGCUGCCAGAAAACACCUGGGUGUCACGGACAUGGCCGGAAAGGUGUUUGUGACCUCUGGCCUAGGUGGAAUGAGUGGGGCUCAACCAAAGGCUGCUACUAUCUGUGGUUGUAUUGGACUUGUGGCAGAGGUGAGCAGGGAGGCGUUGGACAAACGACAUAAACAAGGAUGGCUGAUGCAAGUCACUGACAGUUUAGACGAAUGCAUGACAAUCAUUCGUCAGGCGCGGAAGCAAAAGAGAACAUUGAGUCUAGGGUACCAUGGAAAUAUAGUGGAUGUUUGGGAGAGAUUUGUUUAUGAAUACGAGAGUACUGGAGAUAUGUUGGUGGAACUGGGAUCAGAUCAAACCUCCUGCCACAACCCCUACCUCGGCGGAUACUACCCGGUACAGGUUUCCUACGAGGAAUCAUUAACACUAAUGCACGAAGACCCUAUACGAUUCAAAAAUCUUGUUCAGGAAAGCCUUCGAAGACACAUUGCUGCUGUAAACAAGCUUUCCGAUAGAGGAAUGUUUUUCUGGGAUUAUGGGAAUGCCUUCUUAUUGGAGGCCGACAGGGCAGGAGCUGAUGUUGGUCGACAGCAGGGACUGAACGGGACAUUGUUUAGAUACCCUUCCUACGUUCAGGAUAUCAUGGGCGACAUAUUUUCCCUAGGGUUUGGGCCAUUCAGAUGGGUGUGUACAUCUGGCGACCCGUCUGACCUUGAAAAAACUGACGAAAUAACAACAUCAGUACUGGAGGACAUCAUCAACAAAGGAGUUCCAGAAGGAAUCAAACAACAAUACAAUGAUAAUAUUAGAUGGAUCAAGGAGGCGAAAAACAACAGAUUGGUUGUUGGCUCCCAGGCGCGAAUUUUGUACUCCGACCAGAAGGGUAGGAUAGCAGUAGCAACAGCUUUUAACGACGCGGUGGCUGACGGGAAACUUAAGGGCCCAGUGGUGUUGAGUCGAGAUCAUCAUGAUGUCAGUGGGACAGACAGCCCGUUCCGGGAAACGUCCAACAUCUCCGAUGGAUCAGCAUUUACAGCAGACAUGGCAGUGCAGAACGCGAUCGGGGAUGCUUUCCGAGGGGCUACAUGGGUAGCUCUUCACAAUGGCGGUGGAGUGGGUUGGGGCGAAGUGAUCAACGGUGGAUUUGGUCUUGUGUUGGACGGAUCAGAGGAUGCUAGACAGCGAGCAAAACGUAUGCUGGCGUGGGAUGUAUCCAAUGGUGUGGCGAGGCGGUGCUGGUCCGGCAAUAACCGAGCGGAAGAGACCAUUUGUCGGACUAUGGAUGACAAUCCUAAGUUGAAGGUCACUUUACCUAACCAUGUAGAGGACAAAACAAUCCUUGAUAAAGCUCUCGGUAACGCGUGAUGUCGGUCAUGUGUUUUAUUUCCUUCCAAUAACCAAUAGCGUUUGUCUGGGACGGUGUAAGCAAUAAAAUGACUCGAUAAUGUAUCACUAUCCAAAUGCACAACCCAUAAAUCACCAAUGCCUCUUGCAAAACAGAAUAUUAAACGGCCAAUCAUCAGUAUUUGAGUCCUACAAUGUAUGACGAAAGCAUUUUUUUGGCCGAGUACAGCAAUCAAAGAUAUAAAACUACCAAAAUCUAAAAGACUUUAAAAAUAUACAUUCGCAGUGAGGACCAUAUGCAUUGGUUUAUGGCACGCUAAACUGUAGAAUUAUAUAUAUAUAAUAUUUAAGGGAAAACGGUCUGACCCAAAGGGAAAUAAAAUUUACAAAAUAUAGUGAACAUUUGUUUGCCAUUACGUGACGUGAUACUUCAGGUUAAAUGAUUUGACCUUAACGCAAGAUAAAAUUAACACUUAAGGUCAAAUCAUUUGUGACGUUCAGGUUGACGAAAUAAUAUUUGCCUUUAAGGUCAAAUCUUUUUUCCUUAUAUGUACUCAGUAUUAUUUUACACUUUGGCAUGUCAUAUUGGUUAAUGCCUCAUAUCGGUAUUUUGCAAAAACAAUUUAUAAUUUGCAUGUAAAUAUAUGUACAUUAGUCUAGUAUUAAUCUCACUUCACCUGAUUGGUAAUCAUUGUUUUUGCAUUUCUGUAUUUAUAUGUACAUGGAUGGUAUUUUAUGUUUUUAUUAAUAUUUCACUGUGAAACGAGAUAUGGAAUAGACACAAAAAAUACUACAAUACAAUAAAAUGUGUGACGGAAUCAUCUUAUGCCAAACAUGUACUAUGGAGUCAUCAAGAAAUAACAAAAUGUCAAAUUUUACUUUCUUCAGUUUUCGUCUCCACAUCUAGAUUUGCAUUUAUUUUCCAAUGACAGCAUCAUUUCAAAAUCUUUGUGUAUAACGGGUGGCAAGCAAUGAUCUCCAACAUCUUCAACAUCCUACUGUACAUGUAUGUAUACAAGUAGCUCAAUUUAAGUACAUAUUCUUGUUUGGAAAGGCAAUAUUGAAAAAUGCAUUUUUGAGAGAUCUGGUUCUGUAUGAAGGAGAAAAUUAUUCAUUUAUGUUUCACUGUGACGAUAUUGUCCAAUCAAUUUAUGAUUUCUCAUUUUGGAAAAAUUUCAAUUUUUUUGUGGAUGUAAAGUUAAAUACACUGCCAUACUUAAGUUCCUUGACAUUUACAGAAUAGUUCGAAAUUCAGUUUAUCUUGAUUAAUAUUUGAAUCUUGUAAUUUCUUAAUAUAGACUUUAAAGUCGAUAUGGAUAAUGAUCUUCAAAUCCUCAAAUGGAAUAUUUUGGCAAUAUUAAGUCAUUUUAAAAAAAUUGUUAAAUUGAGAGCAUAUUUCCAGAGAUUAAAACAAUAUUUUGAAGGGGUUAUAGAGCAUGUUAUGAUAUAUUUUAACAAAGAUUUGUAUGCCUUUUUAGAAUAUAGGUCCCUCCCUUAACCCCAUCUUCGCUAGUCAAGGCUUCCGAUUACCUUACACUCCAGUGUAACGUAAUCAGAAACCUUGGCUAGUGAAUAGAGUGUAAGGUAAUCAGAAACCUCGGCUAGUGAAUAGAGUGUAACGUAAUCAGAAACCUUGGCUAGUGAAUAGAGUGUAACGUAAUCAGAAACCUUGGCUAGUGAAUAGAGUGUAAGGUAAUCAGAAACCUUGGCUAGUGAAUAGAGUGUAACGUAAUCAGAAACCUUGGCUAGUGAAUAGAGUGUAACGUAAUCAGAAACCUUGGCUAGUGAAUAGAGUGUAACGUAAUCAGAAACCUUGGCUAGCGAAGAUGCCUCAACCCUCCCUGAAAUUCAUCGAGGUGGGUUAUUUGCAUGAACAUUUUCAUUAUCACUGAAAAAUAUGUAAUCUUAGAGAAUUUCAGAAGUAAAUUUUGAUGCACUUGUAAUACUUACCGAGUUUAAAGUGUGUGCAUUACUAUUAUGGAUAGCAGUGCAUGUGUUCUCUAAUACUAUCUUCCGUCGAUUACUUUCAGGCGUUGGUAAUCUUAAUUUUGUAUUCUUGUCAUGUCCCUUUUGGGUUUUUUUCAACAGUCUUAAAAAACUGUAUAAUAUCCGAUUCAGCUGUUGAAAGGUAAUAAAUUAUAUGCACUGUAUUUA